AUGAUCGGGUCGAAAUUCUGGGAGGUCAUCUCCGACGAGCACGGCAUUGACCCUACCGGCUCUUACCACGGUGACUCCGACCUACAACUGGAGCGCAUCAACUGCUACUUUAAUGAGGCAACCGGCGGCCGCUACGUACCGCGCGCCAUCCUAAUGGACCUCGAACCGGGGACCAUGGACUCCGUGCGCGCGGGCCCCUUUGGACAGCUCUUCAGGCCCGACAACUUCGUAUUUGGGCAGACUGGCGCAGGAAACAACUGGGCCAAGGGCCACUACACCGAGGGCGCGGAGCUGAUCGACUCGGUGCUGGACGUGGUGCGAAAGGAGGCCGAGUCUUGCGAUGCGCUCCAGGGCUUUCAACUGACGCAUUCGAUGGGCGGCGGUACCGGCGCGGGGAUGGGUACCCUGCUUAUCUCCAAGGUUCGCGAAGAGUACCCCGACCGUGUCAUGUCCACGUACUCGGUCAUCCCGUCGCCCAAGGUGUCCGACACCGUUGUUGAGCCCUACAACGCCACGCUUUCCGUGCACCAGUUGGUGGAGAACGCCGACCAGUGCUUCACCCUCGACAAUGAGGCGCUGUACGACAUCUGCUUCCGCACGCUCAAGCUCACCACCCCUACAUACGGCGACUUGAACCAUCUCGUGUCGGCUGCCAUCUGCGGCACGACCUGCUCGCUGCGCUUCCCCGGCCAGCUCAACUGCGAUCUGCGCAAGCUGGCGGUCAACAUGGUGCCGUUCCCUCGCCUCCACUUCUUCAUGAUUGGCUUUGCACCACUCACAUCCCGCGGAUCCCAGCAGUACCGCGCGCUGACGGUGCCAGAGCUGACCCAGCAGUGCUUCGACUCGAAGAACAUGAUGUGUGCCGCCGACCCACGCCACGGUCGGUACUUGACGUGCGCCGUGAUGUUCCGCGGCCGAAUGUCGACCAAGGAGGUGGACGAGCAGAUGCUCAACGUUGUAAACAAGAACUCGUCGUACUUCGUUGAAUGGAUCCCCAACAACGUCAAGGCCUCCAUAUGUGACAUCCCACCCAAGGGACUCAAGAUGUCCACCACUUUCGUGGGCAACACCACAGCUAUCCAGGAGGUGUGGAAGCGCGUGGCGGAGCAGUUCACAUCGAUGUUCAGGCGGAAGGCGUUCCUCCACUGGUACACCGGGGAAGGAAUGGACGAGAUGGAGUUUACCGAGGCUGAGUCCAACAUGAACGACCUCGUGUCAGAGUACCAGCAGUAUCAGGACGCCACGGCGGAAGAAGAGGGAGAGUUCGACGAAGACGAAGAACUCGACGACGCUAUGGGAUAAAAUUGCUAUUAGAAAUACAGAGAGAAAACAGACCGGGUUGCAGGAGUAGACCCUCGCCUGUAGUAGUACCACAACUUACGUGUUCGCUGGCGCUUGUUUUCCCCAGAGGCUGCCGGCUGUACCAUACAGACACAGUAUAUAUUCCGUACAGUAUGACCAAUAUUGGUUUAAGGGGUCAGGAAGUGGUUUAUUCCCGCGCCUUCUGAGCAUUUUGCAACGCCUUCGUGGCGGUUGUGCCCCGUGGUGCUGCGGGCUAGAGUUUUUUUUUUGUCACGUCGGGUAGUUCUGGGACUUUGGGGGUGGAGUGCGAUCGAAGUGAUCGGUGGUGCCACGGGAUGUACACAACGAAUAACAAAGCUUGUGCAACG